CUAUGGUGCCAUGGUGGAGAUCUUUCUCCUCCUGCCCACCGUGUGGGAAGCAAGAGGCUGGACAGUCGCAUGUGGAGGAGGAAGCUGGUGAGAUCGCAUCUCCCCGUCCCCCUUCGCCUCCCCAAUGGCGUGAAAUUCAAGAACUCGACCUCCUCUACCAACUAGAGGGUCGCCCGCCUCCUCCUCUGCGGGAGGUACCACCCCCGACUGCACCCUCUGCCUUGACAUCUCCUCCGAUUCUCCUGCUGCUACAAAAACAAGUGAUCUUCUGCUGCUUCUCGGGAAAAGCGACGACCCUGCCGCUACUAACGUGGCUGCUGGUGGCUCCCUUUCGGAUAUGCCAACCAUCGACCCCGCCGUUGCAUGCUCCAGGACUGGCUUACUUAAAACAUAUCCUACCAACGUCUUCGGCAGCAACCUUGAGGUUUGUAGUCAAGCAGACCAUAGAGUCGAUUUUGCUGCAAGAACCAAACUGCCAAACAACUCUAGGGCAGCCCAGACGCAGCAGAUGCUAUUUCACACCCAUGAUCAGUUGGAGGAGGGUGAGUUCAAACCAGUUAUGAAUGCUUGGUGGCAUUCUCUUAUGCCGCAAUGUCAAAAACAUGAGCAAGAAAUUGAUUGCAGAUCCAAUGAUGGAGCCCACACUUUGAAGAAACCAUAUGCAUGGCUGCCUACUGCAGAGAAUGAUGAACUCAGUGACGAGACUCAGUAG